AGGAACAGCUAGCCUUGCUGGGUUGUCCAGAGAGGUGGGGGAGGAGGGUGUCCGGAUCUCUUCCCCUUGGGGGCCCAGGCCUGCACAAUAGCCCCUGGGGCUGCCACACUCUGGCUUAAGUAGUUGCCUAGGCAACAGCAGGGGCCAGCUUCCACCAAUCCAUGGCAGAGACUGGUAGGGGGAGGGAGGCAGGGCAGGAAAGGGGUGCUGUCCCCUUGCUGGGUCCUAUAUAAGGAGGAGCGAUGGGAUCGGAGUGCCCUGGACUUGACUGUCCCUGCAGUGGACUUGGGGGCAGAGCACAAAGAUGCUUAGGAAAGGCCACCGCAAGCCUGGGUCCUGGGGCAGCUUCUGGGCUACGCUGGCCCUGGUAGGACUGGUCACGCGUGCAGCUCAGAGAGCCGACGUGGGUGGGGAGGCAGCAGGCACCUCCAUCAACCACUCCCAGAUGCUGCUCCAGCGACUGCAGGACCUGCUGCGGCAGGGCAAUGCCAGCGAUGUCGUCCUGCGAGUCCAGGCUGUGGGCACCGACGAGGUCCGAGCCUUCCACACCCACCGCUUGCUGCUGGAGCUACACAGUGAGCUUUUCCGGGAGCUGCUGAGCAACCAGAGCGAGGUGCUGCUGCAGGAGCCCCGGGACUGCACGGCUGUCUUUGACAAGUUCAUCAGGUACUUGUACUGCGGUGAGCUGACAGUCCUGCUGGCCCAGGCUAUCCCGCUGCACAGGCUGGCCACCAAGUACCGGGUGGCAUCCCUGCAGCGAGGUGUGGCUGACUACAUGCGUGCGCAUCUGGCGGGAGGCGCAGGCCCAGCUGUGGGCUGGUAUCACUAUGCAGUGAGCACCGGGGAUGAGGCUCUGCGUGAGAGCUGCCUGCAGUUCCUGGCUUGGAACCUUUCCGCCGUGGCCGGGAGUGCGGAGUGGAGCGCCGUGAGCCCGGAGUUGCUGGCUCAGCUCCUGCAGCGCUCAGACCUGGUGCUGCAGGAUGAGCUGGAGCUGUUCCACGCGUUGGAGGCCUGGCUGGGUCGUGCGCGGCCGCCCCCGACGGUGGCCGAGAAAGCGCUGCGCGCCAUCCGCUACCCCAUGAUCCCGCCGGCACAGCUGUUCCAGCUGCAGGCGCGCUCCGCCGCGCUGGCGCGCCACGGCCCAGCGGUGGCAGACCUCCUGCUGCAAGCUUACCAGUUCCACGCCGCCUCGCCGCUGCACUAUGCCAAGUUCUUCCACGUGAACAGCAGCGCCUUCCUGCCGCGCAACUACCUCGCGCCCGCCUGGGGCGCCCCGUGGGUCAUCAACAACCCGGCUCGCGACGACCGCAGCACUAGCUUCCAGACGCAGCUGGGUCCGAGCGGCCACGACGCGGGUCGCCGGAUCACCUGGAACGUGCUCUUCUCCCCACGCUGGCUGCCCGUUAGCCUGCGACCCGUCUACGCGGACGCUGCGGGCACUGCGCUGCCUGCCGCGCGCCCCGAGGACGGAAGGCCACGGCUGGUGGUCACGCCGGCUAGCAGCGGAGGCGAUGCGGCGGGUGUGAGCUUCCAGAAGACCGUGCUGGUGGGUGCGCGCCAUCAGGGCCGCCUCCUGGUCCGCCACGCCUACAGCUUCCAUCAGAGCAGCGAGGAGGCUGGCGACUUCCUGGCCCACGCAGACCUGCAGAGGCGCAACUCAGAGUACCUGGUGGAGAACGCACUGCAUCUCCAUCUCAUUGUCAAGCCCGUGUACCACACCCUCAUCAGGACUCCCAGUUAGCCUGUGGACGGAGAAAUAAAGGCCUGGCCUGGAUGGCGCUCUAGGGUCUGGGGAGGGGUAGGCUGGAGGUGGACGUGACUGUGGGUGACCAGGUACCGUUGGUUGGGGCUGGGGUGGAAGGCAGGUGAAUGUGGUAGACAAGAUGGCUGUGGUUUCAGGAAGGCCUUUCCCAGCUGAUUGGAAAGGAGUGCUCUUGGUACAGAAUAAACCGACGCUCAGAGAAGCCAGGGCCUGAAGCAA